UAGGCGAGGAAUCUUGUUGCUAUGCGGAUCGGUCGAGAGAUAUCAGAAAUGUGUAGGAUGACGUGUUAGGGUUACAGUAGCAACAACGAGUGGUUGUUGGAGUUCCUCGGCGCGUCUCACUGAUUCUGAGCGACGAAAUCGAGUUUUCCGGUGAUCUUUGGCGUUCCCGCCUGGGAAAACGAGUGGAAGAGUGUUAUCGAGCGAGGAAUCGGGAUCCGGUGCGUGGAUGAAAGUGAUCUCGUGGAUUUAAUCCAGAAUUUACUUGAAAAACCAGAACACGGCAUUAGUAGUCAGUAACUUGUAGCACCUGUUUGACUGCAAAAAUGAGCGGAGCUGCUCUUGUUGCCAUAGCUGCUUCAAUAGGCAAUUUGCUGCAAGGAUGGGACAAUGCUACAAUUGCAGGGGCUAUUCUUUACAUAAAAACAGAGUUUGCAUUGGAUUCAACUUUUGAAGGUCUAAUUGUUGCUACAUCACUUAUUGGAGCAACAGUUAUCACGACUUUCUCUGGUCCUGUAUCAGAUUGGCUGGGCAGGCGGCCGAUGCUUAUCGUUUCAUCAGUUUUAUAUUUUCUUAGUGGCUUGGUGAUGCUUUGGUCUCCUAAUGUAUACAUACUUGUGUUGGGAAGGCUGAUGGAUGGAUUAGGGAUUGGACUUGCUGUUACUCUAGUUCCUGUAUACAUCUCUGAAACAGCCCCAUCAGACAUAAGGGGGCAACUCAAUACUCUUCCCCAGUUCACUGGGUCUGGGGGAAUGUUCCUAUCAUACUGUAUGGUUUUUGGGAUGUCAUUGAUGGAUAACCCUAGCUGGAGGCUGAUGCUAGGCGUUCUUUUCAUACCUUCUCUUGCAUACUUCUUCUUGACAGUGUUCUAUUUGCCUGAGUCUCCUAGGUGGCUUGUCAGCAAAGGGCGAAUGUUGGAGGCAAAAAAGGUUUUACAAAGGUUGCGCGGCAGGGAAGAUGUCUCAGGUGAAAUGGCUUUGCUUGUUGAAGGUUUGGGUGUAGGAGGGGAGACAUCCAUAGAAGAAUACAUAAUUGGCCCAGCUACUGAGCUAGAUGAAGAUCAAGAACCUGGUGCUGAGAAGGACAGGAUCAAAUUAUAUGGACCAGAAGAGGGUCUUUCUUGGAUUGCUAAACCUGUUACUGGGCAAAGUGUUCUUGGUAGUGCACUUGGUCUUGUUUCUAGACAUGGCAGCAUGACAACUCCAAGCAUUCCACUAAUGGACCCAAUGGUUACACUUUUUGGUAGUGUCCAUGAAAAGCUUCCUGAGAUGGGAAGCAUUCGUGGGAGCAUGCUUUUUCCAAACUUUGGCAGCAUGUUCAGCAUGGCUGAGCAGCAGCAUCCUAAACAGGACCAGUGGGAUGAAGAGAGCCAGAGAGACAAUGCGGAAGAAGAGUAUGCCUCCGAUGGAGCUGGGGCCGAAUCAGAUGACAACUUGCAUAGUCCGUUGCUUUCUCGACAGACAACCAGCAUGGAGAAAGACAUGCCAGCACCACCUGUCCAUGACAGUGUGUUAAGUAUGCGUCGUAAUAGUAGCCUCCUGCAAGGUGAUACAGCAAGCAGCAUGGGCAUUGGAGGUGGUUGGCAAUUGGCAUGGAAGUGGUCUGAGAAGGAAAGAGAAGAUGGCACAAAAGAAGGAGGCUUUAAAAGGAUUUAUUUGCAUCAGGAGGGUAUUCCUGGAUCACAGCGUGGCUCCAUUGUAUCUAUUCCUGGUGUUGAAAUUCCUACAGAUGGUGAGUACAUCCAGGCUGCUGCAUUGGUUAGCCAACCAGCGCUCUACUCAAAGGAGCUCAUGGAGCAACACCCGGUUGGGCCUGCUAUGGUUCAUCCAUCUGAGACAGCUGUCAAGGGCCCUCGAUGGUCAGAUCUCUUUGAACCUGGAGUAAGGCAUGCAUUAUUUGUCGGCAUGGGAAUUCAGAUCCUUGAGCAGCUUGCUGGAAUAAACGGAGUUCUAUAUUACACGCCCCAAAUUCUUGACCAGGCAGGUGUUGAGGUCCUCCUUGAGAACCUUGGCCUAGGGUCGGACUCAGCAUCCCUCCUUAUCAGUGCCGUCACCAGCUUGUUAAUGCUUCCAUGCAUAGCAAUUGCUAUGAAACUCAUGGAUAUUUCUGGUAGAAGGUCCCUUCUGUUAACCACAAUUCCAGUGCUCGUGGUAGCAUUAAUCGUUCUUGUUGUUAGUACAACCAUAUCAAUGAACACUGUGGUUCAGGCUGCCCUUUCAUGUGCAAGCGUUAUUGUCUACAUUUGCUGCUUCGUCAUGGGCUUUGGACCAAUCCCAAAUAUCCUUUGUGCGGAGAUCUUCCCCACACGAGUCCGUGGCCUCUGCAUUGCCAUAUGCGCCUUGACCAUGUGGAUUGGCGACAUCAUUGUGACUUACACGCUUCCGGUCCUAUUGACUUCAAUAGGCAUCGCUGGUGUGUUUGGCAUCUACGCAGUUGUUUGUGUGGUGUCAUGGGUGUUUGUGUUCUUGAAAGUACCAGAAACAAAAGGGAUGCCACUAGAGGUCAUUACAGAGUUCUUCUCAGUCGGUGCCAAGAGGAAAAUGAACUAGCAGGCAUUCUUGGUUCCUCUUCGAGACGCUGUUCACUUGGGGAGAAGCCUCCGGCUAUCCAGAUUUACUUGGACUCCAGGUUUCGCAGUACAGAGAAGUGGGAGGUUAAGAUUGCAACCUCCCUUGAGAUUUUUCAGGGAUUGAAAUGCAGAGCCAAGGAUCUUGAGAGUCAGAUGCUCCUUGUUUUUGAGGUGAAGCGGCAGGCAUGUACCUUUCCAUUACUGCGACCGACCGUUGAAUUUCAUCCGUCCCUUUCUUUUUCUCCUUCUUUUCCUGAUUAUUUUGCAUAUUUCAGACAUGAACAGUAGAUGUAAUAAUGGGCGAGCUUUAAUAGAAUUCUCCUUCCUUCU